AUGCCCUCUUCCCUUUCCGCCCCAGAUCCCCUCUCCCUACUGUCACUCCGGACCAACGCCAGAGGGCGAUCUUGGUUUGGCUCGGCUUUGCCCGAGGGUCGUCCGCAGGUUGGUUUUAGCGAGUGUGCCCAGCCAAGCCGGGAUGGUUGGCUGUUCAGCACCACGACGGCGGACAGCUCCCCCGAAGCUCCUGGCCCCGGGAGCUCUCCCUCCUCCUACCAGGCACUUUCUUUACACAGACUCAGGACACAGACGAUUGUCUUUUCUACUCUGGGCCCCGAAGCCCCUCACCUUCCCUCCUCCCCCACCAACCGGAUGCCGGGGGCUGGCGGAGGUGGAACUCUCGACCCAGCCCACAGGAUGGGGAACAGCAAAGGGGGCCAUGUACGAUAUGAUACACAGGUAACCCAGCACCAUCCCAAGAUGAACGUUCCUAGCCGAGGGUCUAAGCUGCCUCAUCAGCGGGACCGGCACUCAGGUCCCAUCAUGCACAACACAUACGCCGUGUCUAACCACCGCUCCUCCUCCAGCACAGGGGCCUCCAGCCGUGCCAAGGCCGUGUCCCAGAGCUCCGGCUGCUACGACAGUGACACAGCAGACCCCUACCCCUCGGAGGAGGCAGCCCUCGGGGACGGCGGGGCUGGAGGGCCCGGGGCCCGGGCUGAGGGUGGAGGGGGCUUUGAGAGGCCCCAGGUGCCCCGGAGCUCCGGCCUGCGGCGCCAGGCCAUCCAGAACUGGCAGCGGAGACCCCGCCGGCACAGCACGGAGGGGGAGGAGGGCGACGUGUCUGAUGUGGGCUCCCGGACCACCGAGUCCGAGGCGGAGGGGCCCUCCGAGACGCUGGCCUCUGGCCCCACGCCGCCCCGAGCCCUGAGCAGCUGCCGGCUGUCCGCCCGCUCAGAGGGGGGCAGCGGGCGGGGCCGACAGGCUGACGGUGGCAGCCCCUCACGCUCCAACGAAGUCAUCAGCCCCGAGAUUCUGAAGAUGCGGGCGGCCCUCUUCUGUAUCUUCACCUACCUGGACACCCGGACCCUCCUGCACGCCGCCGAGGUCUGCAAGGACUGGAGGUUCGUGGCCCGGCAUCCCGCCGUCUGGACCCGUGUGCUGCUAGAGAAUGCCCGAGUCUGCUCCAAGUUCCUGGCCAUGUUGUCCCAGUGGUGCACCCAGACACAUUCAUUGACGCUGCAGAACCUGAAGCCCAGGCAGCGGGGAAAGAAGGAGGGCAAGGAGGAGUACCUGAGGAGCACAAGGGGGUGCCUGGAAGCGGGGCUGGAGUCGCUGCUCAAAGCCGCUGGCGGGAACCUGCUGAUCCUGCGCAUCUCCCACUGCCCCAACGUCCUCACGGACCGCUCCCUCUGGCUGGCCAGCUGCUACUGCCGGGCUCUGCAAGCAGUUACCUACAGGAGUGCAACUGAUCCUGUGGGCCACGAAGUCAUUUGGGCCCUGGGGGCCGGCUGCAGAGAGAUCAUCUCCCUCCAGGUGGCCCCUCUUCACCCCUGCCAGCAGCCCACACGCUUCAGUAACCGGUGCCUGCAAAUGAUAGGACGGUGCUGGCCUCACCUGAGGGCCUUGGGCGUAGGAGGAGCGGGCUGCGGCGUGCAGGGCCUGGCCUCGCUUGCCCGGAACUGCAUGAGGCUUCAGGUAUUGGAGCUGGACCACGUGGCAGAGAUCACCCAGGAGGUGGCGGCCGAGGUCUGUCGCGAAGGCCUGAAGGGUCUGGAGAUGCUGGUGCUCACAGCCACCCCCGUCACCCCAAAGGCUCUGCUGCACUUCAACAGUGUUUGCCGGAACCUCAAGUCCAUUGUGGUACAGAUUGGGAUUGUGGAUUACUUCAAAGAACCUGGGAGCCCGGAAGCCCGGAAGCUGUUUGAAGAAAUGGUGACUAAGCUCCAGGCCCUGCGACGACGACCGGGAUUCUCCAAGAUCUUACACAUCAAGGUGGAAGGUGGCUGCUAA